GAUCAUAACUACCAUUCGUGUAUAAUUGGUUUCUGGUGCUCUCUUUCUCUCUCUCUACAGUCAGACUUUCUCUCUCUAGUUUCGUGAUCUGUUUCAGACAAUUUUCCUCAAUGCCGAUCGAUCAAGGGGAGCUCUCCACUGACGAGGUCUUGCGGAGGGAUAUUCCAUGGGAGACUUAUAUGACGACUAAGCUGAUUACGGGGACUGGGCUUCAGCUUUUGCGCCGAUAUGAUAAGAAGCCUGAGAAUUACAAGGCUCAGUUGCUGGAUGCUGAUGGUCCAGCUUAUGCUCAUGUUUUUGUGAGCAUUCUGCGAGACAUAUUCAAGGAAGAAACUGUGGAAUAUGUUUUAGCUCUUAUUGAUGAAAUGCUAUCAGCAAACCCCAAAAGAGCUAGAUUAUUUCAUGAUAAAUCUCUCGCCAACGAGGAUAUCUAUGAGCCUUUCCUGAGAUUGCUCGUGAAAGGUAACUGGUUUGUACAAGAGAAGAGCUGUAAGAUACUUUCUUUAAUAGUAAGUGAGAGGCCAAAAGCUAAUGAGAGUGCCCUUGCUAACGGUGUAUCAAAUUCAAAGAAGGAAAUCACUCCUAUAAAUGAUGUUGUAAACAGACUGGUUGAGUGGUUGUGCAGUCAGCUGAAGACGCCAUCUCACCCCAGUCGUGGCGUUCCAAUAGCUAUUAAUUGCCUUGCAACUCUACUGAAAGAGCCUAUGGUGCGAUCUUCGUUUGUUCAAUCAGAUGGAGUAAAGUUGCUCAUUCCACUAAUCUCUCCUGCAUCCACUCAACAAUCCAUCCAGCUCCUCUAUGAAACAUGCCUUUGUGUGUGGCUCCUCUCUUAUUAUGAGCCUGCAAUUGAGUACUUAGCUACUUCUAGAUCGUUGCCACGUUUGAUUGAAGUUGUCAAGGGAUCCACGAAGGAAAAAGUUGUCAGGGUAGUCGUCUUGACUCUCAGAAAUUUGUUGCAUAAAGGGAGUUUUGGUGCUCAGAUGGUGGACCUGGGAUUGCUACUGAUUGUUCAGAAUUUGAAGGCUCAGGCUUGGAGUGAUGAGGAUCUGCUGGAAGCUCUGAACCAACUGGAAGAAGGGUUGAAAGAUAACAUCAAGAAGCUAAGUUCUUUCGAUAAGUAUAAGCAGGAAGUCCUCCUUGGGCAUCUUGAUUGGUCACCCAUGCAUAAAGAUCCUACGUUCUGGCGUGAAAACAUUACAAACUUCGAAGAACAUGAUUUUCAGAUUUUAAGGGUCCUGAUCACAAUCUUGGACACAUCCACUGAUGCCAGAACACUUGCUGUUGCUUGUUAUGAUCUUUCACAGUUCAUCCAAUACCAUUCCGCUGGGCGAAUCAUUGUCAAUGACCUCAAAGCAAAGGACCGUGUGAUGAAAUUGAUGGACCAUGAAAACGCAGAAGUUACUAAAAAUGCCUUGCUCUGCAUCCAAAGGCUAUUUCUAGGUGCCAAAUAUGCUAGCUUUUUGCAAGCUUAAACUAUUCUAUAUAGAAAUCAUUGGUUUCUAGAUUCUUUUGCUAGUUUCUUUCUUUUUAAAAAGAAAGAACACACGAGUUGCUUGUAUUACUUAUAUCUACUACCCACCGGGAACGUUACAGGCGUAAGCGCACUUUAGUCUGUUGUUCCCUGUGAUCAAUGUGAGAAGAGUUAUUUAUAUUUUUUUCGUCCAUAAUCUAAUAAGAUGAAGACGUUUGUAUUCUACGCUUCAGAUUUGUAUCUUAAAGAUCGAUUGAUCCUAAGCAGCCUCUCCCAUGUUCUGUUU